CUCUCUGACUCCAAGCCAUGUUCUCCAACAUAGAAGUAGUCUGCCUGCUUGUCAUCUUCAAGGUUCCCUUUGUUACAGGAACAGGCUGGCAGCACCCUGGCCCCAGGCUGAAAUUUGACCCCUGGCUGUCAGCGUUACAGUUCAUAGAGCUAGAUGGGUCACCAGUGUACCCAAACCCUCCCUGUGGAGGAACCAUACCUCGAACCCCCACCAGACCACCUCCCAUGGACAAAAAAAACUCCACCACUUUGUACCAAGCAGUUGACAUAGACGGGUCACCUGUGAACCACAACCCUCCCUGCAGGGUCAUUCUACACCCAGACCAAGCUUUGACCACAAUCCCAGCCCUAACAUGGACAACCCCAGCCAUGACAAGGACAACCCCAGCCUUGACAAGGACAACCCCAGCCAUGACAAGGACAGCCCUAGGAAUGACAAGGACAACCCCAGCCCAGACAGUGAUGACGACAACCCCAGCCCUGACAAGGACAACCCCAGCCAUGACAAGGACAACCCCAGCCCUGACAGUGAUGACGACAACCCCAGCCCUGACAAGGACAACCCCAGCCAUGACAAGGACAACCCCAGCCCUGACAGUGAUGACGACAACCCCAGCCCUGACAGUGAUGACGAUAACCCCAGCCAUGACAAGGACAACCCCAGCCCUGACAGUGAUGACGACAACCCCAUCCAUGACAAGGACAACCCCAGCCCUGACAGUGAUGACGACAACCCCAGCCCUGACAGUGAUGACGACAACCCCAGCCCUGACAACGACAACCCCAGCCCUGACAAUGACAACCCCAGCCAUAACAAUGAUGACCACAUCCCCAGCCAGGACAGUGAUGAUGACAACCCCAGCCCUGACAAGGACAACCCCAGCCUUGACAAGGACAACCCCAGCCAUGACAAGGACAGCCCUAGGAAUGACAAGGACAACCCCAGCCCAGACAGUGAUGACGACAACCCCAGCCCUGACAAGGACAACCCCAGCCCUGACAAGGACAACCCCAGCCCUGACAGUGAUGACGAUGACCCCAGCCCUGACAAGGACAACCCCAGCCCUGACAGUGAUGACGAUGACCCCAGCCAUGACAAGGACAACCCCAGCCCUGACAGUGAUGACGACAACCCCAGCCCUGACAGUAAUGAUGACAACCCCAGCCCUGACAAGGAUAACCCCAGCCCUGACAACGACAACCCCAGCCCUGACAAUAACAACCCCAGCCCUGACAAUGAUGACCACAUCCCCAGCCAUGACAGUGAUGACGACAACCCCAGCCAUGAAAAGGACAACCCCAGCCUUGACAGUGAAGAGGACAACCCCAGCCCUGACACUGAUAAGGACAACCCCAGCCAAGACAGUGAAGAAGACAACCCCAGCCAAGACACUUUUGAGGACAUCCCCAGCCCUGACAAGGACAACCCCAGCCCUGAGAGUCAGAAGUACAACACCAGCCAUGAAAGUGACAAGAAAAGCCAACAUUAGGAUACCAUUCACCAAACCGGCCUUCAACCACCCCUCGCACAAGUUGAUCCAACUCCUCCUGUACAGAUACAAUUUGAUCAGACAUUCUGGUUAUUGGCUGUUGCCUGAACAAAGAGGUCUCUCUGAACCAAUCAGAAUGCUCUCUCAUCAACACAGAGUGGCGUCUUCUGGGUUAUGGACCAACUACAUGAAGAACCGAGAUUCAACGUCUGUUGUGAAUGGAAACAACAGACAGUUAGUUUGGUCAGUACUGGGGAGAGCAGGACAGGCAAAAAGACAGAGAAUCGUUGUAUCCUCCUCAUCUUCUGAGGGAGACUAGGGAUGCAAAAUGUCCUGGUUCCAAUCCUUUCAAGACAUUUUACAACAGGGAUUACUGGACAACCCGGCAAUGUUUGUAAAGCUACUGGAAUUAUUCAUCUACAAUGAACACGUACAGCUUUGGACAUUAGAGUCAGUAAAAACUCAGUCCAGGAUACACUACAAACAGGACUGGGGUCAAGUCAUACUGAGGGCAUGUUCUUGCUUACAAAACACCGUAAUUGUAGUAAUUAUAACAUUGUUUUUAUUAUUACACCAGUAGUACAUUGCU